UUUUAUUCGAAAAACCAGAAUUUACCUAGAAUAUUAAAAAUAUCAAUCAAGACGCUCGUUUAAAAAAUUUAGUUCUCAACAUCACAAGUUCCAAGAUUUUAUUGAAACUAUGAAAAGUAUUUAUUUUCAAAACAAAACGAAGAAAAGUCUCAUAAUGUUUUAAACUUUAUAGCUAAGAAUCAAAUAAAAUUUGUAAAAAAUAAUAUUGAAAUACAUAUAUUAGAAUAUUGUAAAGACCGAUUUUAGUAAUAGAUAGUAAUAUCUAAUUAUAUGUAACAAUUUAAAAAUAAACAAGAUUAAAUCCAUUAUUAAAAAUCAAUUAUGGCAAGGUCCAUACGGUAAUAUACUACAUGUUGACACCCACUAUAUUAUGAAUUAAUUAAUAUAUUAAUUUCCUUUGCCAUUUUGCAAAAUAAAAUUAAACAAAAAAUCGUGGACAAGAAAAAUACCAUAUUUAGUUCACACAGCAAUAAUAAUUAUAAACAUAUAUGUUUCCUUAUAUGUUGAUUGAAAAAUGCAAAAGUUUUUUUUUUGUAAAAGCUGAAAAAUGCAAAAGUUACAAUUAAUAAUAUAAAACCAUUAAAAAAAACAACUAAUUUCCCUCCGACACAACUCUUUAUAAGUUAAAAGUAUCUCCUCGAGUAUCUGUCCGAAUACCUUUCACGCAUCCCACGAUGGCGGACGGUGAAGACACGACGAAGAAGAAUCUACAGACAAGCUACUUCGACGUGGUCGGAAUCUGCUGUUCAAUGGAGGUUCCUCUUGUCGGAGACGUUCUCCGUCCACUUAACGGCGUCAAAGAAUUCUCCGUCAUCGUCCCUUCAAGAACCGUCAUCGUAGUCCACGACAGCUUCUUGAUAUCUCCGCUUCAAAUCGUGAAGGCACUGAAUGAAGCAAGACUAGAGGCAAGCGUGAGGCCAUAUGGAGAGACAAGCUUCAAGAGUCAAUGGCCAAGCCCUUUCGCAUUGGUCUCUGGUGUAUUACUUGCUCUCUCCUUCCUCAAAUACUUCUAUGGCCUGCUUGAGUGGUUCGCUGUCGUUGCCGUGGUGGCUGGAGUUUACCCUAUUCUAGCUAAAGCUGUUGCUUCGGUCACAAGGUUCAGGCUUGACAUCAAUGCUCUCACUCUUAUUGCUGUGAUUGCAACGGUGUGUAUGGAGGAUUACACAGAAGCUGCCACAAUUGUGUUUUUAUUCUCGGUUGCAGAUUGGCUAGAGUCAAGUGCUGCUCAUAAGGCAAGCACAGUGAUGUCAUCUCUAAUGAACUUAGCGCCAAGAAAAGCAGUGAUAGUAGAAACUGGAAUAGAAGUUGAUGUAGAUGAGGUUGGUUUAAACACUGUUGUUUCAGUCAAAGCUGGAGAAAGUAUACCAAUCGAUGGAGUUGUGGUUGAUGGAAGCUGUGAUGUAGAUGAGAAAACAUUAACAGGAGAGUCCUUCCCUGUCUCCAAACAAAGAGACUCACCUGUGUUAGCUGCAACUAUAAAUCUUAAUGGUUACAUAAAGGUGAAAACAACAGUUCUAGCCAGAGACUGCGUGGUUGCGAAAAUGACAAAACUCGUAGAAGAAGCACAGAAAAGCCAAACUAAAACUCAAAGGUUUAUAGACAAAUGUUCUCGCUACUACACUCCAGCGGUUGUUGUAGUAGCAGCAUGUUUUGCUCUCAUCCCGGUUUUAUUAAAGGCUCAAAACCUCAGCCAUUGGUUUCACUUAGCACUUGUAGUGCUAGUAAGCGGUUGUCCUUGUGGUCUCAUCCUAUCCACACCCGUUGCUACCUUUUGUGCUCUUACUAAGGCAGCCACAUCAGGGUUUCUGAUCAAAACCGGUGAUUGUCUAGAAACUUUGGCAAAGAUUAAGAUUGCUGCUUUUGACAAAACAGGAACUAUUACAAAAGCUGAGUUCACAGUCUCAGAUUUUCAGUCUCUUUCUCACAAUAUCAAUCUGCAACAUUUGAUUUACUGGGUAUCAAGCAUUGAAAGCAAGUCAAGCCAUCCAAUGGCAGAGGCCCUUAUUGACUACGCUAGAUCAGUUUCUGUUGAGCCUAAGCCUGAUAUGGUUGAGAACUUUCAGAACUUUCCAGGAGAAGGUGUUUAUGGGAGAAUAGAUGGUCAAGAUAUCUACAUUGGUAACAAAAGAAUUGCAAAGAGAGCUGGAUGCUUAACAGUUCCGGAUAGUGAAGCUGAUAUGAAGGGAGGUAAAACCAUCGGUUACAUAUACAUUGGAGAAGAACUGACAGGAAGUUUCAGCCUUUUGGAUGGUUGUCGGCAUGGGGUCGCUCAAGCUCUCAAGGAGCUUAAGUUCUUAGGCAUCACAACUGCAAUGCUCACAGGAGAUAACAGAGAUGCAGCCAUGUCUAUUCAACAACAGCUAGGGAAUGCUUUGGAUAUAGCUCACACUGAACUUCUUCCACAAGACAAAGCAAGAAUCAUCGAUGAGUUCAAGAGCCAAGGGCCUACAAUGAUGGUGGGAGAUGGACUUAACGAUGCACCAGCCUUAGCUAAAGCAGACAUUGGCAUUUCUAUGGGGAUCUCAGGGUCAGCACUUGCAACAGAGACAGGAGAUAUCAUUCUUAUGUCGAAUGACUUGAGGAAGAUACCUAAAGGGAUGAGACUAGCGAGGAGAUGUCAUAAGAAAGUGAUUGAGAAUGUGGUUUUGUCUGUGAGCAUAAAAGGAGCGAUCAUGGUGCUUGGUUUUGCAGGUUAUCCUCUGAUUUGGGCAGCUGUUCUUGCAGAUGCAGGAACUUGUUUGCUUGUGAUACUCAAUAGUAUGAUGCUUCUACGUGAUGAGCGUGAAGCUGUGUCUGCAUGUUACCGUGCUUCUCCUUCGUCUUGUACUCCCUCGCUACUGAAGCUUGAAGAGGAUCUAGAAGUGGGAUUGUUGCAGAAGAGUGAGGAGACAAGUAACAAGAGUUGUUGCUCUGGUUGCUGUGGUGGCCCUAAGGGCACUCAACAAAAGUGAUACUCGUCUUCUUAUUUAGAACUAGAGGGGGUUGUCUAUCUAUGUAACUGGAAAAAUCUUUUAAAAAACAAAUAAAUUUUAAUUUUAAAUAAAAUAAUAGAAUAA